CAAUAGGGCUGGCACAUAAACUCUAAAAGGGCCGAAAUAUUCAUUUAAGAAGCCCAAUAGUUAUUUUCCGAAGCCCAGGGUAAACACUUUCCGUGGGAAUUUUUCGGUAAUUGACGAUUUCGGAUCGACGAGGGUUUUCUCGCCGCCGUCGUGGAGUUCUUGAUUCCGGCCAAAUCUUAAAGCUUCUUCUCCAUGAAAAUAUUAGAGGCCAACGCAGGCCCUCUUACGAAUUUUGAGGUGCUCGACUUUUUAAGAUCAAAAGGGGCAGCUAAGGAUCCCACUAGGGUUCUUGCGAAAGUGUUACCAUCUGAAUACAAGGUUUUUGAUUAUUUGAAUCGAACUCCUGCUUGUAAUCAAACGAGAGAAGCCGUCAUUGCUUUUGUUGAGAAGUCCAAAGAGUAUGAUCUCGCGAAAGCUGAAAUUCUCAAUAUCAUCAAUUUGCGGCCUAUUACCCCGGUUGAGUUAUUUCCGAUUAUAGAGAAUUGUGAUGUUCGUAUGGGAGAAGAAGCAACUGAAAGAAUGGAAGAGAUGGGGUCGAUGGUGGAACACGUAUUCCCUACACCUCAAAUUCAGCCAACGCUUGAAGCAACUCCAAAUGAAGGUAACGAGGCCGAAACCAUGGAAGAGCAAGAAGGAGCAGGGGAUGCUGUUGAAGAACCCAUCCAAACCACUUGAACCCAGUUAGAGAAUUAAGUGAAUGUUGGUAGAUAUAAGAUUAAAUGAGCUGCCUGUGCUUGAUUUCCCUCUCAAGCCUUAACUCAACUAUUCAUAAUGUGCGUGUAGACAUGGGUUUCAGGUGAAAGAUGAAACUGAGAAGGACAGUUCCCAUAUAUAGAAUGUGAAAUUAAAGUCAAAGAAAGCUUUUGAGUGCUAAACAAUGAAAAUGGUUUGGCUUCUUUUCA